CAUAUGUUGAGUGAUCUAUGGCGUAUGAUGAAAACAUUUCCCCACUUGCUCUUCACAUGUUAGUAUACACCUGUCAUUAUUCGAAGUAAACACGGUACAAUAAGGUAGCGCCGCAAGUUGUCUGAGUUUUGUAUUUUGCAACGCGAGAUCGGUAUCGAUUCACUGCCAAUUGUCGAUUUUUCAUCUCGUCCGACAUCGUCCAAGUUGCCUUUCAAGAUGGGAGUAAUAUUUCUGGAGCACAUCGGUGGCAAUCGUCUGUUCUCCUGCGCCUCCUGCGACACAAAUCUCACCAACAGGUCACAACUCGUAAGCACACGCUUUACAGGCGCUACAGGACGUGCUUUCCUCUUCAACAAAGUCGUCAAUCUCAAUUACAGCGAAGUGCAGGAUAGAGUGAUGCUGACGGGUCGCCACAUGGUUCGAGAUGUCAGCUGUAAAAACUGUGACGCUAAGCUCGGAUGGGUAUAUGAAUUUGCAACAGAUGAGCAGCAGCGAUACAAAGAGGGUCGUGUUAUACUAGAACGAGCUCUUGUCACAGAGAGCGAUGGAUUGAACGAGAAUGUUUAAUAUUUAACACCAAGUAGUAUUAAAUAAUAUAAAAGAGUACAUAGUUCUAAUAUGAGUAAUUGUCUUUUUCAAAUUGUUUAAUUUUUUUAUUUUCAAUUGGAAGGGACUCUUGGUUAAUAUCCAACUUGUUCAUACAUGAAUAUUGGUGAUGCUGUUGAUUGUGAUAGGACAUCACUCAAUAUUUUUGCGUGUGAAUAUAUGAUUUUUAUUUAUAAGAAAUGUUUUAGGAUCUAUAUUUAUUUCUA